GAGAGGUGGUACCUGAGCAGAGGAUUGAUCGUGUCAGACAAUGGGAAACAUUUGUUGCUCUAAAGGUGCGUGCAGGGUCCUGCCACAGCAGUCAUCACCAGUUCUGGACUUCCCAGUGGAACAUGUCAGUGAAGGAGAACAGGCUGCCAGCACUCCAGUGCUUGUCUUCGGAUCCAAUGACCUGUAUACUCCAAAUUUAGAGGAAUCCAGCCCUGUGUUCACAUAUCCUCAGAAGUGGGCCAUUCCAGUCAGGGACUGUCUGAAACCUCUGUCAGAGAAGAACAGUUUGAUAAACGAUUGCAUUUUGGAGUCACUUGAGGAUUUGCCCACAAGUGAAGAAUUUCCAGAGGGUUCUGAUACAGGUGUCUUCAGUGGUGGAUCAGAGGGAGAUGUGUCUUCAUCUGACACUGAGGUAGCACAUACUUCUACCUCAAAGAAGCCACUGAAGAAGCGGUUUAUAAAGGUGAAUCUACGAAACCAGGCGAGAGAUGGAAGACUGAAGGGAACUGAGGUGGUGCGGAUAUCUAAAUUAUCGAAAGAUGUUACCUUCCUGGAUUCAGAUGAGGACAGCAGUGGAUGCAGUAGUGACAGUUUAUCCCAUGUUUCACUACCUGGAAUGGAAGCUCCAAUCACCUCCACCACAUUCACUGAAGAGUUGCGACGGUUGAAUCCAAGUUUCGAGACUGGUAAAGGUGAACCUCAGUUGACUACCAUGGCUCCAUUCUUCUCCACCCGAAAUGAUGUACAGUUCAGAAGGCUGAAUCCCAGUCUUGAGAGUGGUGUAGGUGGACCUCAGCAGAUUGACAUGGCUCCAUUCAUCUCCACCCGAAAUGGUAAGUAUUCUGGGCUGACUCUCUUGCUGACGACAAAGUUGGUGCUUAUUCAUGCAGUGCACCCUUGGUGUCUUCACUCUGGAGAACCAGCUUGGCUCCAGGUCUCUAUGGGGAAUUGAUCUUGGGGAGAUGAACAAGUCAGAAGGAUGAAUAUACAUUUGGAGACUGGUGAGGGUGGACCUCAACGGACUGAGGUGGCAUCAUCAUCAUCCUCCAGUGAUGGUUUGGCUUUGGAGAGUUCAGAUGAUGAAAGCCUCCAUGACUGAGAGACUCCAGUUAGAUGGUACUGUGCAAAGAUGGCUAGCUGCCUGAGGGCUCUGGCAGCCACAGCACUCCUGACAGCAGAAACAUCCAGAAUCUCACUGGGCCAACAGCUUGAGGUUUUUCCUCCAUUCUAGGUCUGUAGUUUGAUAGAUUCAGAGAUAUUUAUGGAUAACUGAUACUUGAAUAACUAUUAGGCUAUCUUCCUAUGCCACCUUCCCUCCCCCCUCCGCUGUCAUAGCUCUCUCUUAAAGUUUGUAAUGGGUUAAACCUUGCUACUUUACUACCAGCUCCUCGGAUUUUAGGACAUAAGUGUACACAUAUAAUUGCUCAUACUUAUGCCAGCAGGCAAGACUUAACUGUCAGACCCAGAACAUAUAUGGUUCACAGAUUGCAGUAGCUACAUAGUCAGUGGUGAAAGGAAGGCUAUGGUUUCCUCAACUGAACUUAUACUCAGGUCCUCUUGGAACCUCAACCCAGAAGGCUGAGCUUAUAGCAUUAAAUAGGGCACUUAGCCCAGGAGAGGACUGUUGCCUAAACAUAUAUACUGACCCCGAACUAUUCCUUUAUGCUAGUCAUACCUCCACAGCUAUAUGGAAAGAAUUUAGAAGGCUGACAGGGAAAUAUUCUGAUUAAAUAUGAUGAGGAGAUUUUAAAAUUACUACAUAUAGUCCACUUACCCCAGAAAGUACCUAUCACACACUGCUGGGGACACCAUCAAAAUGGUGUAAGUGUGGUCUGUAAUGGAAAUCACAGAGAAGGUUCAGAGACCAAGCAGGCAGCCACUAGGACUCUACCUUUGGCACUAGAUUUAAUUCCUAGCCUAAAUCUAGAUACUCAGCCUCAGUAUUUCACAGAAAAUGAUGGUUGGGCUCAAGAAAAUGGAGGAACCAGAGUUGCUGGAUGGUGCUUGGUAAAUGAUCAAUAUUUUCUUCCCAAAGCUAAUCAAUUAGUGGAAGAUAAUCAAACACAUGCAUGAUUUAUUCCAUUAGGGGGAAAAGUCAUUCUUAUGGCCUCUCAGCACUUGUUCACAGGCCCUGGACCAACUUCUCUUGGUCCGGCAAGUUUUCCAGGCAUACCCCACUUUUUCUUAUAGUACCUCUGGAGGCCUUAAACUUAAUCUAGUAAAGCCAGUUCAGAGAAAGGGAGCAGAUCCUGAGGUAGAUUGUCAACUGGACUUUGUCCAUAUGUCUCCCUGAGGAGGGGGUACAAAGUUCUAUUGGUAUUAGUAGACACUUGCAUGGAACAGGUCCAAGCUUUCCUAGCCUGGAAAGAGAGGGCAACUAAAGUUGCCACGGUUUUAUUAAAAGAUAUUUUUCUUUUUUUUAAUUUUUAAAAUUUUUGAAUUUUUAAAAAAUUUUUAUUUCCCUAUCAUUGCCCUUGUUUAACAUUGUUACUUGUUAUUGAUGUCGUUUUUGUUGGAUAGGACAGAGAGAAGUGGAGAGAGGAGGGGAAGACAGAGAUGGGGAGAGAAAGACACUUGCAGACCGGCUUUACAGCUUGUGAAGCGACUCCCCUGCAGGUGGGGAGCUGGGGGCUAGAACCGGGAUCCUUACGCUGGUCCUUGCGCUUUGCGCCAUGUGAGCUUAACCCACUGUGCCACUGCUUGACUCCCUAAAAGAAAUUGUUCUUAGUUCUGGAUUUCCUGGGAGGUUACAGAUGACAGUUGUCCAUCAUUACAGCCCAGGUCACUCAGGGAGUAGCCAAAGCCAUAGGAAUUAAAUACUAUUUACAUAUAGGGUGGCAGUGACAGUCAUCAGGCAAAGUAGAAAGCAAGAAUAGGACUUUAAAACCCCAUCUGGCUAAGUUAUGCCAGGAGACACAGGGUAAAUGGCUUGCUUGACUACCUGUAUCUCUUCUUAGGAUUCAUAAUUUGCCUCACCUAAGGAUGACUUGUAGCCCAUUUGAGAUGGUUUAUGGUAGGGCAUUCUUGAAUAUAGAUUUGAUAGUAGACCCUGAAACAGUAGCAAUGACUAAACAGAGCUCCAGUGCCUCUUGCACAAAUGGGGAAAAGUACCUCAAGAAGGGAAAGAUCCUGGUUCUCUAAUUGUUCAUCUUGGCCAACAGGCUUUGAUCAAGUUCUGGCCUAAAGGACAUCCUUAAAAGGAAAAAUAUCGUUGAACUCCCAAGUGGCAAGAUCCUUUCACAGUGAUUCUUUCUACCUCCACUGCAGUGAAUGUCCUGGGGAUCAACAACUGGAUCCACAUCUCCAGAGUGAAGCUGCCUCCUAUUUGCACACAAGCUGCUCCUGAGACAUCAGCUAGGACAGUCUCCACUCAAUGUCCUACAAAUAUGACUUAAUACACUAUAGAACCCCUGGAAGGACUUUUUUUUUCUUUAAAUAAGAUAAGACAAAGAC